AUGUCAGAACCUGUUAUAAAUUCAAAAAUUCAAGACAAGUAUGACCAACUUGAAGAGAAGCUUAAAGCGGUUGAAGGUAAUGACACUUAUGGGGUUAUUGAUGCCAACGAGCUUAGCCUAGUGCCUGACUUGGUUAUCCCACCAAAAUUUAAGACCCCAGAUUUCGAGAAAUACGAUGGGACAAAGUGUCCAUCUGCUCAUAUCACCAUGUUUUGUAGAAAGAUGACGAGUCAUACCCAUAAUGACAAACUAUUGAUACACUAUUUUCAGGAUAGUUUGACUGGUUCAGCAGCUAAAUGGUACGCAGCCCAAGUACAACCACCACUGACUGAAAAAGAGAUAACCGUGCUAUUCGUCAAUACACUGAAAGCCUCGUAUUAUGACAGAUUGGUGGGAAAUGCCACGAAAAACUUCUCUGACAUGGUAAUUUCAGGGGAGAUGAUAGAAAACGCUAUCAAAAGUGGUAAAAUUGAAGGAUCAAGUUUUAGCCCUCAACCAUCCAAUUACACCCCGGUACCUCCAGCUCGACCAUUUACUCGACCAACCUACCCAAACAGCAAUCAAAGAAACUCACAGAAUAAUAACAAUCGAGAAAGACCUCAUUUUAACCCAAUUCCCAUGACAUACAUAGAUUUGUAUCCUCGACUUGUUGAGAAACAUCUGCUUGCUCCUGUUAUUAUUGAACCUUUGAAACCUCCGUUUCCCAAAUGGUCAUUCCAUAAGCAUUGUACUAUUUUGAAGCAUAAAGUGCAGGGGUUAAUCACUAAAGGAGUAUUAAAUUUUGAUACCAACCAACAGGGGACUCCAAAUAUCAAUGGGAACCCUCUACCAAAUCAUACCAGACCAUCAAUAAAUGCUUUGAUUGAUGGGCAAACAAGUUGUGUGAAAAGAAGAAUAGAAGAGGUCAAAACUCCAAUAGCUAAAGUGUUUGAAACCUUGGUCAAAGUUGACAUGCUAAAGUCGAUAGAACCUCAAAAUUACUGUGAAGCGGUUAACUCAACUGAAAGCUGCCAUUAUCACAAAGGUGCUCUGGGCCAUUUUAUCGAGAAUUGUACCCAAUUUCGUCAAGAGAAUAAGUUUGGGCAUAGACCAGUAACUAUCUAUUAUGAUGAGAAGCCAACAUCGAAGCUAGAAAAACCUGUCUCUCGACCAGUGGUGACAAUUAAAGUUCCUGGCCCUUUUCCAUAUCAGAAUGAUAAAGCAGUACCUUGGAAGUACAAUUAUGAUGUCGUAGUUAACCCAGAUACUGCCAACAUAACGGGUGUAGGAGGCAUAACCCGAAGUGGCAGGUGCUAUACCCUAGAGGCUCUAGAAAAAGCUAGAAAGGAGAAAGCCAAGAUAGGGGAAGAAAAUAAAAGUCAGAGUGAUCUUGAUGCAACACCAAAAAAAGAAUGUCAGAAGCCAGUAUCUGAGAGUGAACUUGUGAGCAAUCUGACAAUUUCAAACUAUAUUUUUUUCAAUGAUGAAAAAAUUUCUCCUGAGGGUAGAGGAAGUACCAGGGCUCUUCACAUUACUGUGAAAUAUGAAGCUUUAGAAUGCUCUUAUAGAUCUUUCAAGAUUUCCAAUGCAAUAUAUAUAGCUGGAGGAUCUAAAUUGUAUUCGCCACACUUAUCUACGACUACUAAAAUGGUAGUCAGACAGCUUACCAAGAUGGGAUGA